AUAAUAUUAAUGAAUAAUUGUCACGCUGUGAAUACCAGUCAAUUGGACGAUCGAGAGAGUGAGAGAGAGGAGAGAGAGGAAAAGAGGAGAGAGAGGAGAGAGGAGAGAGAGAGAGAGUCGGGACGUUUGUAAAGCAAAACUCCCUACCGAAAAGCUGGGCUGAUGUUUGCGAUUCAGGACAACAUUCCCCGAGUUGGCUUAGCUAUGAAGGAAGAGCCCCCGGUCUCUGGGAUGAACUGUGUCCGCUCCUGGAUGCAGGCUGGCGGGAUACUGGACGCCAACACCGCGGCUCAGAGUGGGGUGGCUCUGGCCCGGUCACACUUUGAGAAACAGCCGCCCUCCAACCUCCGCAAGUCCAACUUCUUCCACUUUGUGUUGGCGCUGUAUGACCGUCAGGGCCAACCCGUGGAGAUAGAGAGGACCGCCUAUGUGGACUUCGUGGAGAAGGACAAGGAACAAGCUGGGGAAAAGACAAACAAUGGAGUACAUUACAAGUUGCAACUUCUGUACAGCAAUGGAAUCCGAACAGAGCAGGAUGUAUAUGUUCGGCUGAUCGACUCCAUGACCAAACAGCCGAUUAUAUACGAAGGACAAGACAAGAAUCCAGAGAUGUGUCGUUGUCUGCUCACACACGAAAUCAUGUGCAGCCGAUGUUGUGACAAGAAGAGUUGCGGGAAUAGAAACGAGACGCCCUCUGACCCCGUCAUCAUCGACAGAUUUUUCCUCAAGUUCUUCCUGAAGUGCAAUCAGAACUGCCUGAAGAAUGCCGGGAAUCCUCGGGAUAUGCGUCGAUUCCAGGUUGUCAUAUCCACCACCCUCAAUGUGGACGGUCACGUGCUGGCGGUCUCUGACAACAUGUUUGUGCACAACAACUCAAAGCAUGGCCGGAGGGCACGGCGGCUCGACCCCUCCGAAGCAGCCACACCCUGUAUCAAAGCCAUCAGCCCCAGCGAGGGCUGGACCACAGGGGGAGCCACUCUCAUCAUCAUCGGAGACAACUUCUUCGACGGACUCCAGGUGGUGUUUGGGACCAUGCUGGUGUGGAGCGAGCUGAUCACGCCCCACGCUAUCCGCGUGCAGACGCCCCCCCGCCACAUCCCAGGCAUGGUGGAGGUCACUCUUUCCUACAAGUCCAAGCAAUUCUGCAAGGGAGCUCCCGGGAGGUUCAUAUAUACAGCGUUGAACGAACCCACGAUCGACUAUGGUUUCCAGCGGCUACAGAAAGUGAUUCCCCGGCAUCCCGGCGACCCCGAGAGGUUACCCAAGGAGGUGUUAUUGAAGAGAGCAGCUGAUCUGGUUGAAGCCUUGUACGGGAUGCCACACAACAACCAGGAGAUGAUCCUGAAGCGAGCAGCUGAGAUCACGGAGGCCCUGUACAGUGUCCCCCGCAACCACAACCAGCUGCCAUCGCUCGGUAACACCGGAGGUCACUCCGCCAUGAUGGGGGUCAACUCCUUCACCGGUCAGCUGGCCGUCAACGUGUCCGACCCGCCACAAGGCACGGAGCAAGGUUACUCUCGGAACAGUAACAGUGUAUCCCCCAGAGGCUAUGUGCCGGCCUCCACUCCCCAGCAGACCACCUAUACCACCAGUAUGAACGGGUACGGAAACGCUGGCAUGUCCAACCUCGGCAUUCCCACAUCCCCCAGCUUCCUGAACGGAUCAGCAGCCAGCUCUCCUUAUGGCAUGAAACAGAAAAGUGCGUUUGCGCCAGUCGUCAGGCCUCCGAUCUCACCACCGCCGCCCUGCUCCAGCUCCGGUGCGAACAGCCUGCAAGCCAUGUCUGGUCUGAUCAUACCCCCGAUGUAGAGGAGGAGUGAGAGGAGAUCUUCCAUCAGCCGAAGACGAAGGCAGGGCACGACGAUCUUGAGGGCUGUGCGCACUCGGGGGAGAGAGAAAGCGAGAGAGAGAUUUAGGGUGAGAGAGAGAGAUUGUAAGG